AUGGUGCAGCAACUACGCUACGACGGCAAGGUGGCCAUCGUCACCGGGGCUGGCGGUGGUUUGGGUAAAACGUAUGCCCUCGAGCUGGCCAAGAGGGGCUGCAAGGUUGUCGUGAACGACCUCGGUGGUGACCGUCAUGGUACCUCAUCUUCUACCUCGAUGGCCGAUAAGGUCGUCCAAGAGAUCAAAUCCGCUGGCGGGCAAGCCGUUGCCAACUACGACUCGGUGGAAUUCGGCGAUAAGAUUGUGAAGACGGCCAUCGAUAGCUUUGGCCGAAUCGACAUUGUCAUCAACAAUGCCGGAAUCCUGCGUGAUGUGUCGCUGCUCAAGAUGCAGGACGUCGAUUGGGAUCUUAUCUACAAGGUUCACGUGAAGGGAGCCUAUUCGGUGACCAAGGCUGCCUGGCCGUAUAUGAGAGACCAAAAGUACGGUCGAAUCAUCGUCACCUCAUCCAACGCAGCUAUCUAUGGCAACUUUGGGCAAGCGAACUAUUCUUCAGCGAAAUCCGCCCUGAUCGGAUUCGCCAACGCCUUGGCGAAGGAGGGCGAGAAGUACAACAUUAAGGCCAACACCUUGGUCCCAACCGCUGGAUCGAGGUUGACACAAACGGUCAUGCCCGAGGACCUCGUUAAUGCCCUCAAACCCGAGUACGUUACUCCCCUGACCCUCUACAUGGUUCACGAGUCGUUCCCGGAAACCGGCAGAGUUUUUGAGGCCGGAGCAGGAUGGUAUGGACAGCUGCUCUACUACCGCUCCAACGGCAAGGUCGUCCCCCAUGCAUCUGUUGAAGAUGUCGCCAAGAACUGGGAGCAGAUCACGGAUAUGAAGGGGGCGCACAGCUUGUCCUUCAUGAAAGAUGCUACUGCUCAUCUUAUGGACGCACUGGCUGCCCAGGAAGAGGAGAACGAGAAAAACGGCACUUCCGGUGGUAGUGGCGGCUCUGACGACUUCCCCUCUGACAUCCGCUCCUCCGCCCUCUUCAGGGAAAUGAACGAGGGCGUCCAGAAGGAGCCGCACCUUGUCAAGAACGUCAAGGCUAUCAUCCUCUACUCGAUCACCGACGGCAAGAACGAGCUCGGGAAAUUCACCCUCGACUUUAAGUCGGCCAACCCAUCGGUCUAUUAUGGUGAUAUCAAGGGAGGCGAAAAGGCCACGACUACGGUUACCGUAUCUGACAACGAUUUUACCGAAAUCGCCGCCGGAACGCUGAACCCGCAAAAGGCCUUUAUGUCCGGCAAGCUAAAGGUCAAGGGCAACAUCAUGCUCCUCCAAAAGCUCCAGGGACUCAUGGACUCGAAGAAGAAGUCCAAACUG